CGAUGAUGACGCAACACGCGCGCCCUGCCUAGACUGACGCUCCGCUGAUUUUCUGAGCUUCAGUGAGCUGCGCUGCAAGAGGAAAACAAAAACAACAAUUUCGUGCGUGUGGCAUGGAGACAGAGGGAGCGCCGACUUGGCGAUGGUGUCCACCUGCGGCGACUUCUCCUGGAAUGCUUCGUGAACAGCCGCCGCGAACCCCGAGUGGCUUGAAGGGAUUCGUCUGCAAGCACGUCAAGCUGCCAUAGACGAGACGGAGCGACUUGGGCACAAAACUCAGGCCGCCGUGUGCGUGUGGCUGACAGCUAAGGACAGCAUUGCAGUGAACGCGAAACUGCUGCGGCCCGGAUAAUUACAAAGCAAAAUCUGUGCCUCCUUCAAACAUUUCAUUGCAGUUCAAAGCAUUUUGGGGAAAAAUGAACGUGUUAAAGUUCAACCACAACAAAUGAAGCGCUGCGGUGACAUUUCCUAUAAUGUGAUGUAUGGGAAGAAAAAUGAAAACAAAAAGUUGGUUUUGACAAAAUGGGACAUGAGACGGUCACAGUGAAGAGUCACUUUCUAAAAUGAAGAGCCUGAUUGCAGUUCUUGUGCAUUCAUUGACUUUCAUAACCGUGGCACUUGGUUCACUUCCAGCUCCGGUUAAUGUGUAUUUUGACUCUCGCAACUUUGAACAUGUCCUGAGAUGGCAUCCUGGCAUAGGCACUCCAGCAGCAACCCAGUACAGAGUUCAGUUUCGAAGGGACUUUAACAACUGGUCUUUUGUGGGAGACUGUCUGAACGUCACCUAUGUGCCAGAAUGUAAUCUGACUGGAAGACUUGAGGACAUGUCAUAUUAUAAAGGUCGUGUUCAGGCAUUUAACAAAACGCACAAAUCCAACUGGAAGAAUUCAGACGCCUUUCAGCCCAUAUCAGAGACAAUCUUGGGGCCACCUUCUGUAAUUCUGUCAGGAUGUGGAAGUUGUCUUCUCCUAAAUAUGUCCUCUCCGAGAGGGAGUGGAGUGAAAUCUCUUCAAGACACUUACUACAGCAUCGACUACACGGUAUAUUGGAGGAAAAGUGGAGAAGAAAAGACAUUUUAUGAAACUUACCCUUCAUGGAAGUAUUUUGAAACUGCCGAAUUUGACAACUUGGAACCAGGACAAGAAUACUGUGUUUUGGUGCAAAUCUCAACUAAUACCAACAGGAAUGCUGCCAAUUCAUCCUGGAGCUGCGCGUUCACAAGUGAGAAGGAAGCUGACAAAGUUCCUUAUAUUCUGACUUCACUGGCUGUCCUGCUUAUUUUGGCCGUAUUGCUCAUAGCAGCCCUUGUCUAUUGUGGCUACCUGUGUCAAGACGGAGCAGCUCUCCCUCAAGUGCUGGUGUCAUUGCAGGUUUCACAAAAUGAGAACGACCAGCAAAGAUGCCUGAUAGGAGAGGACACCUGUAUUUCCAAGAUCUCCUAUUUUUGCAAGCCGAGAGCCAGCUGGGCCACGGAGAGCAGUGAUGGGGAGGAGGCCAUCAGUGACCAGGAGGACUGCUAUGAAAACCGUGCUUUUAGGGCCUCGGAAAUGGAGCCCGUGGACACAGAAGAUGGAGACGACAGUACUGGCACCUUCUCUGUGGUGGUUGAGAACCUCUGUGAGCUACAUAGGCCUGAAGAACAGCCAAGCCCAAAUGUUGACUACAAGUCAGAAGGCCAUUUAGCACAACAGGAACUGCAACCGGAGCAGCCCAGCUGUGAGGAUAUAACGGCAUUCAAGGACGUUCCUUUGUUUUCAGUAAUCCUGGAAGAUGUUGAUAAGGACGUAAUAGAUUCUGGUCAAAAAGCAUGUAAUGGGAACAGUGAAAGGAGCGAUCACAAUGUUCUCCCGUCAGAGCAAGCGUCACUUCUCGGAGAGACUGUGACUGGUACAGACUACAGAACAGAGGGGUCUGUCACUGGUGCUGGAGGUGCUGGUGACCUGUGGUACUCUUCAGAAGAUGAGCCAGAUGACGGUCAGCCCAGUGGUUAUAUGGCUCGUUUGGUUGCUCCGUCCUGAUCAACACUACAUGUUUCUGUAUCGCUUAAAAAAUCGCUUGAAAACAAACAAAUCACCAGGACCAGAUAAUAUUUACCCUUGAGUUUUUAAGGAGGCCAGCGAGUGCAGAUAUAAACCCUUGACACAUAUUUUUAGGGAGUCACUGCACACUGGAGAGAUUCUGAAGGACUGGAAAAUGGCAAAUAUCAUCCCAUCAUAUAAAAAGGGGGAUAAGGCAUAUCCAAGCAGCUAUAUGACAGUAAGCUUAACGUGCGUCACAGGAAAAUUAAUGGAAGGAAUUACUAAUGAUAAGAUUGAGCAACACCUGGCAAGGACAGGACAGUCAGCGUGAGGUCAGAUGAGGGAGGUCGUGUUUUACUAACAGGCUGGAAUUCAAUGAGGAGGAAACAAAAAGGAUACGACCAGAGAGGAGCAGAUGAGAUUAUUGAUGUGGACUUUCAGAAAACAUUUGAUAAGGUGCCACCUGAGAGGUUGGGCAUCAAAUUAAAAGAAGUGGCAGUUCAGGGUGAUGUUUUUAGAUGGGUGCAGAAUUGGCUCAGAUGCAGGAAGCAGAGGGUGAUGGUGCGAGGAACCUCAUUAGAACUGGGUGAUGUUAAGAGUGGUGACCAGCAGGGGUCAGUGCUGGGGCCACUGCUAUUUUUAAUAUAUAGAAAUGAUUUAGAUAGGAAUAUAAGGAACAAGCUGGUGAAGUUUGCAGAUGAUACCAAGAUAGGUGGAUAAGCAGAUAAUUUGGAAUCCGUUAUAUCAUCACAGAAGGACUUGGAUAGCAGAUAGGCUUGGGCAGAUAAAUUUAAUGUCAGUAAAUGUAAAGAAUUACACAUAAGAAGUAAAAAUGUGAGGUUUGAAUACACAAUGGGCGGUCAGAAAAUGGAGAGUCCACCUUAUGAGAAGGAUUUAGGAGUCAUAGUGGACUCUAAGCUAUCGACUUCCCAACAGUGUUGAGAAGCCAUUAAGAAGGCUAACAGAAUGUCAGGUUAUAUAGUGCCUUGAUGUGUGGAGUCACAGGAGGUUCUGCUCAACCUUUAUAACACACUGGUGAGGCCUCAUCUGGAGUCCUGGGUGCAGUUUGGGUCUCCAGGCUACAAAAUGGACAUAGCAGCACAAGAAAAGGUCCAGAGAAGAACAACGAGGCUGAUUCAGGGCUACAGGGGUUGAGUUAGGAGGAAAGAUUAAAAGAGCUGAGCCUUUACAGUUUAAGCAAAAGAAGAUUAAGAGGUGACCUGACUGAAGUCUUUAACAUGAUGAAGUGAAUUAGUGCAGUGGAUCAAGACUGUUAUUAUAAAAUGAGGUCAUCAAGAACAUGGGGACACAGCUGGAAACUUGUGAAGGGUAAAUUUCACACAAACAUUAGGAAGUUUUUCUUUACUCAAAGAACGAUAGACACUUGGAAUAAGCUACCAAGUAGUGUGGUAGACAGUAAGACGUUAGGGUCUUUCAAAACUCGACUUGGUGUUUUUUUGGAAGAAAUAAGUAGAUAGGACUGGCGAGCUUUGUUGGGCUGAAUGGCCUGUUCUCGUCUCGACUGUUCUAAUGUCCUUCUCUAUCACAUCCCUUUUUCUCUCUACCCUAUCACCUCUAUCUGCAAUACACUCCUUAGUUCAAUAUUUUUCAUGGUUUCUGCAGAUGUUCAGCUCAGCCUUUUCUUCAUCAUCUACCAUAUCCCUCUAAGCUUUUAGCUCCUCCAAUUUACUUUUUUUCUACUAAAUAUAUUUUGUUCAACUUAUGCAUCCAUUACAGCAUUUCCAUCUCUUGAAUUUCUAUUCUUUCAGUCUCCGGUUUUGUUUUUUGCUUUACAAUAUUGCACUAUACACCAUGCAAUAUUCCUAUAUGCGAAACACACAACUGAGCAUGGGGCCUGUCAUUGGAGGAUUGAUGUUGGGGAGUUGUAUGGUAGUUUGGGAGGUCAUGGGGGACAAUUGAGAGUUUGCAGACCUCCUUGAUACAUUGCACGUUAAGGAGUGCCUUUUUGAAAACCUCAAACUCAAGUUCCGAGAUGAACGGCAGACACAAUAUUCGUUUCUUUGUUGAUUAUCUUGGACCAGAAGUAAUUCACCCGCUGUCUUAACGUUCACCUCUGGUCUUUAACUGUCAUCCCUACAAUUCAUUAUCUCUUAUUACCUUCGACAUGUAGGCUACAAGUGACUCGGUGGGAGUGUCAGAGCAAGCGUAUGGAAACUAAGCUCCGUGGCCUUGUGGGUGACGUCCCAUCACACGUUUAUGGACAGCAGAUAGCUAAAGCAAUUGCUGAUUAGGCCUGCGGGUAAAGUGGAGACUGAGUCUGUGGCAUUGGUGCUGCCAGGCCUGGUUAAUCGGGAGGGAGACUGUGGAGUACAGCAGGUACUGUAUGAGAUCUGCCGCUGAAAUGAGCUGAACAUGGAGGUGUUAGAGUUUGAUACGGCACUUCUACUCCUUUAUCUGUGUCUACGUGUAACUCACUCAGUCGUGAAUUUGUGUGAAGAAGUUGCUUACCUCCAACAGUAACAGGGAUCACUAAGGAUGUACUGAGCUGUUUGGAAAUUGUAGAGAGAGAAGAGCUGCUUAGAUUAGAAAGGCCAGGACCAGGUAACCUUCAUCAGGGAGGAGGGUUAGUGAGAACAAACAGAAAUCAUUGAGAUGUACUUCUCAAAAAUGACCGCAUAAGGGGGAUACUAGGAAAUAGGAUUCUCUUAUAUAAAUGAAAUUUUAAUGAAUAUGAAUUAAAAAAGAUCGAGCAUCAUGUGUCAAGGGAAAGUGUCUUCAUGAGCAGUCAACAUGACUGGAACUCAAUGAGUAGGCAACAAAAACCAACAAUCAGAAAAGUGCGUAUGGGAUUGUUGAUCUGGAUUUUCAGAAAGCUUUUGAUGAGAGAGGUUCAUGUUCACAAAAUAAAAAGGGAAACUUCUCAGGAUUAGGUGGUGUUAGACGUGGUGUCCACUGGGGGCAGUGCUGGAGAAGGCUGCUACUUCUAAUAUACAUUUUUGGUUUGGAUAGGAAUAUAAAUAACGAACUGACCAAGUCUGACGAUCACCCUCAACUAGAUGUGAUGGCAGAUCGUGAAGAAUCAGAUGAGCCAUUACAGUGGGACUUGGACAGCUUAUAAGUAAAAGUCAAGUGUUAUGCAUAGGAAGUAGAAAUGAUAGAUUUGAAUACACAAUGGACGGGGUCUGAAACUUGAAAGCAGCCUUUAUGAGAAGAGCCUGGUAGUCAUAAUGGACUGGUCACCAAUCUACAUCCAGAUUGGUGACCAGUCCAUUAACAAGUGCUAACAAGUCAAGGAAGGUAAGCAUUUAUAGUCAGCCUUGCCUUCGAUUUUGUACUCUUUAAUGUUUAUGCUGUUUAAUGUUGGAUUUUACUGGAAAAAUGCGGAGCUACGCUUUAAAGGAGGACACGCGUGCAUUCCAAGGACAAGUGGGACAUCAGGAGGAGAAGCAGUGAGCGACCAACCAGUGCUAGAAAUGCAGAGGUGAGGCUCCUGCUGGGAGUCUGAUGUUCUUCCUGGAAUCAUAAGAGAGACGCAAGACCUCUGAAGGCAGGUGUGUGUCGGUGCUGGUCUGGAGUGCACGGCCAUUACGUGGCAGGAGAAAGUGUAAGGCUGAUGGCGUGUUACCAAACAGCCUUUUAUAUUUGUGGCUGCUUGCUGGUGACGUCCUUCAGGUCAGUGAAACUUUGGAUUUGGGCUGUAAGGUCAGAGUUUACAUUUGUUUUUCGUUGUAUUGGUGAUUUCUCUGUGUAGCAUCCACACGCUUUUGUAACAUAUCUGUGAAUUGUGUACUGUAUGUCGUUAAUCAUGUUGUUAAUAUACUCAUUUUUUAUAUUACUGA